CUCCGCGCCCCGCCCGCGGGAGGCAGCGGGGCCGUCGGUGCCGCCGCGCUGUGCCCGCCGAGUUCCGCUGCUCCCAGGGUGAAGUGACUCAUCUACCCUAGCUUGUCAGAGGAUGUUUCACUGACGGCCCAACUGGACCACACCAUGGAGAAGACAGAUGCAGAUGGCCAGCCACCCAAGCCCAACGGGGAGAGGGAGCAGCCCCGCAGCCUCCCCUACUCUGUGGAGACACCCUACGGCUUUCACUUGGACCUGGACUUCCUCAAGUACGUGGAUGACAUCGAGAAAGGGAACACCAUCAGAAGGAUUCACGUCCACCGGAAAGCCAAGCAGCCCAAGUUCAGCACCCUGCCCCGAAACUUCAGCCUGCCUGAGAACGGCUCCCGCGGCUGCACGUCCGCUCCCAGCAAGAGCUGGACGGACACCUGCUCCUUCCCCCAGCGCAAGGCAUCGCUGGGAGCAGAGGAGACCUCUCGUGCCCUCCUGCCCGGCGAGGCAGCCCUUCCCGCGGCUGAUGAGCCGAGUUACCGGAGAAAAGCGCUUCUGGCCGAGACGCGGCGGCAGGUAGAGCUGGGGCGGCCUCAGCUGCUGCGAGCCUCCAGCAUGCCGGCUGCAUUGCUACCUGGCCAGCCUCUGCCAGGGGAUGGGGGGGUGCCCUCGCCUCUCUGCCCACCUCCCCAGCACUGCCAUGACCAGAGAGGUUCCGAAAGUGUGCUUCACCCUACAGCCCGUUCACCCAGCUCCAAUGGCAUCAUGUUACAUCUCCCCCAGGAGAUGAGCUCGGAGCAAAAUGUCUCUGUGGGGCAGAAGGAGCAUCCUGGUGGAGGGAGCCCAGGGCUGGGACAGAUGCAGCCCCACUGGCAGACUCAGCAUCCCGCGGCACCACAGCUACAGGUGGUGAUGGAGAGCAGAAGUGAGGAGAGCGAUGCCGUCGAUGACGGUGGUUGCUCCACCUUGGCUAGGAGUGAACAAGCCUCACUGGCUGUCCUCCAGCUUGCAGAGGAGAACAUGAGCCCUGGGGAAAAGGAGCUAAGUGUGAGUGAAGUAGCUCCAAAAAUGCUGAAGAAAGCAGAGGAGGGGAGUGUCAAGGCUGGAGAGAACAAAGAGGGCUGUGUUGCUCAGCCUCAUGAUGCUGGAGAGCCUGGUGGGGUCGCCAGGCUGAUGCAGCGCAUUGCUGCUCUGGAGGACCAGCUGGGCAAGAAGAAGGAAGAGCUAGAGCAGAUCAAGGCAGUGCUGGAGCAGCAAGGUCAGGAGAUCAAGGAUAAGGAAAAAAGCAUUAAGUUACUGGCCAGCUCCAAAGCUCAGCUGGAAGAGAAGCUGCUUAGGGAAAGCACCAAAGAGGGCAAGCUGCCACCCAGGCAGAGCAGUGGGGCUUUGCAGUGCCAGGAUGCUGCAGUGAACACCGACCUCUCAGAGGUAACCAGGGCCAAGCAAGCCCAUGAUAAAGGCAUCAAUGUGAAUAUCCCAGUCUCCACCAAAUCCAUAGGGUGCAGCAUCCAGAGAACAGACAACGAGAACACACAGACGAUGGAGGUGGGCGGUUGGAGAGAUCAGGGACUGCCAGAUGCCCAUGCCAGUGUCAGUGGAGCAGGACCUGGACAUUUGGGUGAAGCCGACGUUGAGGCUGGACUUCAUGCCCCAUGCUCCACCCAGCUGAAGACAGCUGAGCGCUUCGGCGACGCCAAUCAGAAUCACAGGAGUGACUGCCGUGCCCAGGCUCUCACCGCGUGCGCGGCCACCACGGAAAGCUACCGAGCAACGAGGAACGGCUCCGACGUGGGUGACAAGGAGGCAGGAGAUAAACCUCCAGAUGGGCUGGAAGAGGAAGGUCCCCCUGGCCACGAGGAUCUCCCAGCUGUUGACCCCAUUGGCCAAUAUGUAAAAAAGAUCCAGGAGCUUCUGCAGGAGCAGUGGCUGUGUCUGGAGCACGGCUACCCCGAGCUAGCGAGCGCUAUCAAGCAGCCGGCCUCCAAGCUCAGCUCCAUCCAGAACCAGUUAGUUAAUUCCUUAAACUCGCUGCUGUCUGCCUACUCUACCCGAGGGCCUGCCGAUAAGGAGAACUCCAACACACACUAUCAACAGUUGGAAACUUCUCCAACCACAAGUCUUAAAUCUAUCAUGAAAAAGAAAGGUUGUGGUUUCCAUGCAGAAGGCAAUGAGACCAAAAAGAAUCUUCAGUUUGUUGGGGUAAAUGGUGGCUAUGAGACAACUUCAAGUGAAGACACAAGCUGUGAGGACAGCCCAUCAGAUGGUGACAUGGAGAGUGAGACGGAGAGAAGAUGUGACAAUUUGGAGCCCACACAGGUGGAAGAUGGAGGUGACAGCAAGGAGGCUUCACCAGGGACCUCCUCACAGGAGAAAUGUGAGGAUGAUGGCCUUCAGGAACCGUCAACAGAAGCAGCACCUUGCACUCAGCAGAAGGCUGACAGAUCCAAACCCUCUGAAGCUUUCCUUGCCGACUGCCAGCUCCUCAGCAAGCACCUCUCAGAAAUCAGGACCACAAGUGACAAGCAUCUGCGGCACGUCCUGAGCGCUGUCUCCCAGGAGUGGUUCCGGCUGUCGAGCCACAAGAACUCCAGCACGGAGGUGCUCGCAGAGUAUCUCCAGGAGCUGGCAGCCAUCCAGCCCCAGCUCCUGGAGAUGGUGGUGAACCUGGCUGACAGGAACGGCAACACCGCUCUUCACUACAGCGUUUCCCACUCCAACUUCCCAAUUGCCAAGCUCCUGCUGGACACAGGUGUGUGCUGCCUGGACCUGCAGAACCGCGCCGGCUACACGGCCGUGAUGCUCACCCCGCUGGCAGUUGCUGAGACAGCUGAGGACAUGGAGGUGGUGAUGAAGCUGCUGAAGGAGGGAGAUGUCAACCUGCGAGCAGCCCAGGGGGGCCAGACUGCCCUGAUGCUGGGGGUCAGCCACGAGCGGGACGACAUGGUGCAAGCCCUUCUCUCCUGCCAGGCUGAUGUCAACCUGCAGGAUGAGGAGGGGACCACGGCGCUGAUGGUGGCCUGCAGGCAGGGCAGUGCCGACAUUGUCAAGCUGCUCUUGGCCCAGCCUGGCUGCCAGGUCAUGCUGACAGACAAAGAUGGUAACUCAGCCUUGUCACUGGCCCAGCAAGCUGCCCAUGGGGACAUUGUCAUGCUGCUGCAAGCCCACAUUGAGCAGAGCCCAUGACUGAGCUGGGAGAAGAAACAAGGACCGAGAGUGGGAAACAGAGAGGUCCUUCUUGUAACAGCCUCCCUGCUAGGACAAUGUUGUAGGUUUCCAUUCGUGCAGGGGCAUGACCUCUGUCAGCCAUCUGCAUACAUUCCCUGUGCCUAAUUCUCCUCAUUAAGCCUGCUUACAUUCCCCUGAUCUCUGACCAUUGCCACAAAAGGACUCUGAGCUCUCCUAGAUGCUCCUCCUGGUGUAGACUUGGCAGGUGAGUGAGCAAUGCAGAGAAAAGCACACUAGAAAAGCAGUAUUUAGUCUUUUGUAACCUUAGACUAUGGCUGUCUUUUUAAUCAACAACUUAACUGUAUCUCAUUUAACUUGUAAGUUUCUGUCCUGAUAUUUAUUGUGAGCUAUUCUGUAGCUGCUGGCAGGCAGCAUUGCUCCCUGUGUGUAACAGCAAACACAAGCUGGGUGGAUUAUGUAAAGUAUAAAAUCCUGUUUAUGUUUGCUCAUGUGGGUCUGAUGCAAGAAUGAAAAACCAGUGCUCUGGGAAAAUGUUUGAGCCCAGCAGGCCCAAACACACAGACAUUGUUUUGGCUGUGCUCAGCAUUACCACAUGGCUCUGCUUUCUUCUCAUGAAGGCUGAGCUAAUGGGGAAGUGCAGCUCCUUGGCAUGCACCAUGCAGCUGUGCUUGCAACACUGAGGCUCAGCAGAUCAUAGAAUCAGAGAAUCAGCCAGGUUGGAAGAGACCUCCAAGCUCAGCCAGCCCAACCAAUCACCCAGCCCUAGCCAAUCAACCAGACCAUGGCACUAAGUGCCCCAGCCAGGUUUUGCUUGGAUGGUGAAUCCACCACCUCCCUGGGCAGACCAUUCCAAUGCCAAUCACUCUCUCUGCCAGGAACUUCCUCCUAAUAUCCAGCCUAGACCUCCCCCAACACAAAUGGAGACUCUGUCCUUUUGUUCUGUUGCUGGUUGCUUGGCAGCAGAGCCCAGCUCCACCAGACUACAGCCUCCCUUCAGGUAGUUGUAGACAGCAAUGAGCUCUGCCCUGAGCCUCCUCUUCUGCAGGCUGCACACCCCCA